CAGAAGUUAAACAGGCAUCUACAUCCCAGACCCCACUAGGGAACCUCUGAUUAGUGUGUGGAGGGUGAGAAGCAAGGGAAGCGCUGGAACUUGAAGCCCAGCCAAGAGCAUAAAACCCACAGGGCUUGUGGCUAUUGCAGGUAAUAACAAAGGGACAGUGUCCAUAGGAGGGUAAGAGAGACGGUUCAGGGAAGGGCAAGUCAAGCAGGCAGAAGGCUGAGGAGUCAGAUGGUCUGUGCUGCAGGUUUCAGCCAUGGCUUAGGGAAGGCACAGUGGCUGAGCAAUGGAUCUGCAGUGAGAGGUGCCCACAGGGGUGUCUCAGUCCCCGCUGCGCAGGACCGUGCACAGGAACGAUGGCCGGGGCAAAUGGAAGCUCUGGAGAGCCGUGAGUGCCUGUUGAGAAAGCUAAUGGUGAGACCACGGUACCUUCUGUCAGAGUAUGGCUUGAGAAACAAUCUCAUCACCAUCAAAAAUCCCGCAAAACUAAGACUGCCAGUUGGACUGAAGUUCAGCUUCUCUGGGAAUAGCUCCAAGACCACCGACCACCAGGUGUGCAGAGCCCUCUACCAUCUCCAGGACAAGGUGGAGUCCCGUGGUCAUGGCUGGACUCGGACAAGGGUGCUUCAGAUGGAAAUAUUCAGAUGCAGAACCAGCAAUUCUACCUCCCUGGGAGAAGACACUGAGGAACUGCCAUCAACUUGCAUGUGUUUGCAGCGUGUCUUCCAGGAUACCCACAGCUUGAUUCACAUUCUCACUGGAAAGGGGGAACAGCUUCCCAGAGCCUGUGACAGGAUCACCUUUAUGCCGAGAAAGGUGACCUGUGACACAAGGACACUUGACAACACUACUGAAGUGAUGCACCUCAGCUGCUGCAACUGGCCUCUGUCAUCAAAUAGGAUUUUCUGCCUACUGGAUCAUUGCUAAAUCAGUCUCUAUAUACUCAAAGUGUUUGUCUAUCAGAGAUGUAGUUAAGGAAACACUUAGAAUGUACUGAAAUAAACAGGAAUUCUAGCAUUUAUGUCAAGCUGUUUCAGGCCUCAUGUCGCAUUUCCCUGACAGUUUGUCUGCUUGAUUUUUUUAGUGAUCAGUAGAAAUUAGAAAUGAUCAUUCAGUUCUGCUUACUUCUACAUUCCAUGCAAUUGCUUUGAUUUAAAUUCUGAAACUGGGUUAGAGGUGGGAUAAACCUGAAGCAGACUGAAAAUAAUAACAGUUUAUAUUUUUUAAAAAUGCAGAUAUGUAAAUUAAUAAUCAAAAAUAAAACUGUAUUUGAAUUCAUAGAUGAAAACUAAUUACCUGUGUUGUUUUUAGGACAUGUAAAAUUGCUCUGACAACACUGAGCUGAGAAGCUCAUUACAUAUGUUUGGUCAUGUAAAAAUGAACCUCUUUAUUCAGAUGGGAAAGGCAACACCAGGAAUGCUGACCCUUAUUAGAGGUAAGUAAUUCCACCUUUUGUUAAAAGUAAUGCAUGCAAAGCAACAUUUCUUUAUGAGUGUCAUCCUGUUUGCCUAGAGAUUGUCACCAGUGAUGGUAAUGACUGUCAACACACAAUUUGUAUGGACAGGUUUAUGGCACCAUGAUGGAAAUUACCUGUUUGCAACCAAAUAUUUUCAGAAAGUCAUUUUCACAUGGGUGAAAUCCUGUUGCUUUAAAUGCUGAUAUACUACAGCAGUGCAGUGAUUAGUUAGUGAGGAGGGAACAAUGAUUAGUUAUUACAUUUAUAUUUAUAUAUUUAUAUUACAUAUAAUAUUGCAGUCUUGGUGUCACUGUACCAUUCAGGUGAGGUGUACUAACACACUUCUCUAUUUUUGGUUUGAAUUAUUAAUAUAGUCCCUAUAGAAUACAAGCUGAGUGCUAAAUAAUUGUACUCUGUCAUGGGUAACUUUUAGUUUUCAGCAUCAAAUUUGGAAAGAAAAUUUCUUAAUUUGAUCUUUUCUGCUUUUUGAGUAUGUAUUUUGUGCAUUGUACAAUACUGUAUUCAAUUGCAAUCACUUAAGGAUAAAUUUCUAAAAGAGCUUUUAACAUGGGAAUCUCAACAAGUUUCAGAGGUGAUAAUUGAAUAAACAUAAGGAAUUCUUUAUUCUGCUUCAAAGCUUUUAGACAUUUUGGAUCUAUGUUUUGAGCUGCAAAUCUCAUGGAAUCAAGUUCUGCAAUGGAACUUAUUAUUUCAAGAUUCUAAUUGUUGUCAAGCUGAAGACAGUACAAGAGUUGUAUUUUGGCAUUUCCACAUCUGACUCUGCCAAAACGAAAAAUCCAGAGAUCCAGAGAAGUCAAAGUUAAUCUGAUGAAUUCAUAGGUUUUGAUACAUUUUGAACUCUCACUGGAAGCUGUGGUAGCAGAGGGAAGGCCUCUUGCCUCAGAGUUAUUUACAGCCAUCCUGAAGAAUUUCUAAUGGAGACCAUCUAUGACCUGCAGAAUGUUCCCUCCAUAACCAUUGAUCUCCACACAGGUUGGAAGGAAGCUCCAGGAUAAAGAGCACUGUCUUUCAAGUAAUUAAAAAUUUUUAUAAGUUUAUCCAAUAGGUCUCCAAACAGUACUACCAGCUAGCAGUGUGCUGCACUGGCAAGGACAGGUAUCACCCUCUUCUGGACUUCACAGAAGAGUUAAAUGUUUCUUGAAACAGAAGAGUUUACUGUCCUUUGAGAGCACAUACAUUAGGAUUUUCUUUUAAGCACUGUUGCAACAUCCGGAACUGCUCAGAUAUUGAGAAAAAGACAUUGCCCAAAUAACCUUGAGGUGGAUUUUUCUAAAGCUUUGGGUGGUCAUUGGAUUCAUUAGUGUGCUGCAUUCCAAAAUUCCUGGCAAAUUUCUUCCAGAACUCAUUGUGUCUUUCAGUACUUUCAAUGUAUCUAUAUACUUUGACGGUUCCAUUAAAAAUUACUGUCACUAAGGAAAGAAACAAUACUUGUGAGCCCUACAAUUAAAAUUGUA